AUGAGUGAAUUACCACCACCAAAAAUAUUAGUGGAUAGUAUAGAAUUAAUACCACAAAAUUCCCCACCAAAAGGUGGUGGAUUAUCAUCAUCGUUUGAUAAUAAUGCCGAAGAGUUAUCAACAAUAAACAAUACAAAACUUCAUAAAUCACCACCACAAACUAAACCUAGAAGACCAUCAUCACCAUUAGCAUUCAUAGCAUCAGCAUUUCAUUCACCAAAUAAAAAGAAAAGUAGUAAAAAAAAUAAAAAUUUACCAGAUGGAUUAGGUGAACUUACUCUUAGUCCUGAUUCAUCAGAUUUUGAAGAUACAACUACCAAUGAUAAUGAUGAUCAUAAAGAACAUAAAGAACAUAAAGAACAUAAAGAACAUAAAGAACAUAAAGAUAAAGAACACAAAGAACAUAAAGAUAAAGAACAUAAGCAUAAAGAUAAAGAACAUAAAGAUAAAGAUAAAGAACAUAAGGAUAAAGAUAAAGAACAUAAAGAUAAAGAACAUAAAGAUAAAGAACAUAGACAUCAUCAUAUUAGACGUCAUAAAAAUGUAGAAUUAAAUAAAGCAGUUGAUUUUAAUGAAGAUGAUGAAACAAGUACAAUUACAACAAGUUUGGGAUCAAGUAAAAAAGAAAAAGAGAAUAAAGAAUCAAAACAUGGUCAAUUAAAGAAAUCAUUAAGUAAAACAUUUUUUAAAUCUACAGAUAAAUUGAAUAUAAAUAAUUUACCACAUACAGUUAUAACAAAGAUUUUAUAUUAUUUAAUAGAGAAUAAAGUUGAUUUAGAGAAAUCAGAGAUAAGAUUUAGUGGUUCACCAGAGGGUGAAAGUGCAUCCAAUAACGGAAGCAACAACAAUGGUCAAUUAAGUAUGUCAGGUGGUUCAUCAGGUUCUGAUGGUGGUUCACCAUUGGGAUCAUCAUUAUUAAAUAGUUUAAAUAAUAGUGGUAGUAAUAGUGGCAAUGGUAUAAUAGUUAAAAAGAAUCCAAAUUUAGAAUUGGAAACAAUUUGUUUAGUUUGUAAAUUAUGGGGAUGUAAAUUAGCUCCACAAGUAUUCACUUAUUUCACUGUUAAAUCACCAAAACAUUUACGUUCAUUAAUUCAAUUGACAACACAAGGUUUAAUUGAGGGUGGUAAGAAAUUUAAAUUUUACUAUGUUGCAAUGCAUAUUGAUAAAUCAUCAACAUUUCAAAAAUUUAUGAAUGUUGUAAAACAUACAAUGCCAGAUCGUGUACCUGAGAAAUUCAUGAAAGCUACCACUAAACCGAUCUUAUCAAAUUCAUUUAGUAAAAAUUUAUUCACCCAAUUCUUUGAGGUUGCAAAUUCGAUGACUUAUUUUAGAUUCUAUCAAAAAUGGAUCUCGCCAGAGAAUUUCAUGGCAAUUGGUAAUGCAUUGAGAAUUAAUACUUCCAUUACUCAUUUAUCAUUUCGUCAUGGUAAUUUAGAUGAUGAUUCAAUAGAUGCAGUUAUAAAUGCACUAUCAGAGAAUACUACUAUUGAAUCGAUAGAUUUUCGUGGUAAUAAACUUGGUAAUGCAACAGCUAUAAAAUUGGCACAACUUAUGUCAACCAAUAAGACAAGUUUGAAAACCAUUGAUUUCUUUUACAAUCAUAUUGCACCAGAGGGUGGUAUUGCAUUGGCAAGAGCAAUGAAAACCAAUAAUAAAUUGGAGAGACUUUAUUUACGUUUAAAUUAUAUCAAUGGUCAAACUGCAAUUAUGCUUGGUAAUUCAUUGGCUCAUAAUAGUACUUUGAAAUCGGUUCAUUUGGAUCAUAUCGAUGAUCAAUCGGGUGCUGUAUUUUUCGAAUCAUUAGGUAAAUCAACCACCACCGUAUUGAAUGAAUUGAAUUUAUCAAAUUGUCAAUUAGAAAGUGCAAGUGCAUCAGAGAUUUCAAAAACACUCUCAAAGAAAACUUCUACAUUAGUGGACAUUAAUUUUAAAUCUAAUAAAUUGGGUGUAAGUUUAAUAUCGAUUGCGAGAGCAUUGGAAGUUAAUAGUACAAUUACAAGAUUAAAUCUUUCCGAUAAUAGAAUUUUCGAUACUUCAGGUGGUUGGGAAUUAGCCGAUGCUUUAUCGAAUAAUAAAACUAUUACUGCCCUAUCUCUAUCAACCAAUAGUUUAGGUAAUGGUUUUGCAGAGGGUAUUGCUCGUGCAUUAAAUUCUUCAACUUGUUCAUUGAAAUCGUUGGAUAUCUCUGGUAAUCAAAUCGACUAUGCUGGUGCCAAAUAUAUCGCAGAGGCUUUAUCAAAUAAUAAAACUUUAAAACUUUUAAAUAUGAGUCAAAACAAGUUAUCACCUCAAUUUGGUCAAUUAAUUGCAGAUUCAUUAAAAGUAAAUAGAUCAUUAAUUCAUUUAGAACUCUCUUAUACUUCUUUAGGUGAUAAAGGUAGUUUACCAAUUGCUUCAUUAUUAGCAAAUGAUGGUACUCAUUUAAUUCGUUUAAAUAUGAAUGAAAAUGAAAUAAAUGAUAAAGUUGGUAUAAUCUUUGCUGAAUCAUUAGCUACAAAUACUCAUAUUCAAGUUUUAGAUCUUAGUUUUAAUAAAUUAACUUAUCGUUCAAAAGAAGUUUUUGAACGUUCAUUAAAAACAAAUUUAUCAAUUACAAAUAUUUCUUUUAAUUUAGUACCAUUAAAAUGGAAAUAUCAAUUUUAA